GAGAGAGAGAGAGAGAGACGGAUUUGGAUACAACUGGAUAGCGAGCGCGCACGGAGCAAAGAGAGAGAGAGAGAGAGUGCACAUCAGCGGUGCAUGACCAGCGCUUCACCCCCUCCUCCUCACCCUCUCACCCUGCGAGCGCGAUCGGACCGAGCCGAGAAUGGAGCUCCCUGCCGCCGGAGAGCACGUCUUUGCGGUGGAGGGCAUCGAGAAGAAGCGCAUUCGGAAGGGCAAGAUCGAGUACCUGGUGAAAUACAGCACCUGGGAGCCGGAGGAAAACAUCCUGGACGCGCGCCUCUUCGCCGCCUUCGAGGAGAGGGAGCGCGAAAGGGAGCUGUUCGGGCCAAAAAAGAGGGGUCCCAAACCCGAGACGUUUCUCCUGAAGGCUAAAGCCAAAGCAAAAGAAAGGACGUAUGAGUUCAGGAGAGAGACCCCCAGGGGGAUCCAGGUGUCCUAUCCCAUCCCGGAGCCCGUCACCACGCCGAGGGCCCGKGAAGGAUUACGCGCCGUGGUUCCUACACUCUUCCCCCCGAGCGCGAUCAACAGGGGGGAAAGUGUCCCCGUGCGAGCACCAGAGCCAGAGAGGAGGCCCAGACCCCCUCCGCCAGAAGCUCAUCUGGACCAGGAGUCAGCGCAGUUCCCCAAAAAGCGAGGCCGCAAGCCGAAGUUUCACCGCGAGUCGCAGGAGGACGCGGGCGGCUCGGCCUCCAAACUGGCCCGGCGCCUGCUCCAUCACGGGGAGACGUCGGACCAGAGCCUCCUCCAGCUGACCAGGAGGUUCCAGGAGGAGACCACCAUCACACCCAAACCCAGCGGGGAGCGAGGGCACGCGGGGGGCUUGUACGCCUUCGACAGGAGCGCGCGUAAAGGCGAGCAGGAGGCGCGCAGGACUUACGGCUUGGUGUCCUUCCACGCACCCGGCAGGCUGAGGCACCCCGCGGAGGAGCGAGCGGCGCCCUCCCAGUCCGAGUCCUGGACCCCCUGCUUCCACAGCUGGGACUCUGUGACCGUGACUGACGUCACCAUGAACUUCCUGACCGUCACCAUCAGGGAGAGCAGCACGGACGAAGGCUUCUUCAGAGAGAAGAGAUGAGCAGCGAGAUGUGGAACAAAACUGUCAGAUUCUAUUUUUGUCUAAGUUCCUUUAAAACAUGUACAUAUAAAUAUUUAAUAGCUACUGCAGAAAAUAAACCAAAACUCAUUAUUG